AUGGCUGAGUUCUCACUGCCUGGUACCAACAACUUCCGUAAAUUCACCCGCAAAUCCUUGGCUGCUAUUGAAAAGAGAAUUGCUGCCAAAAAAGAUUGUCAAAGAAAUACUACAGAUCACAGACCUGAAGAGAAACCACGUCCUCAACUUGAUCUAAAAGCUUUCCAGAAACUACCAGCUCUCUAUGGAAAUCCACCUCCUGAGCUCAUUGGGGAACCACUGGAGGAUCUUGACCCAUACUAUGAUGAUCACAAGGUUUUCAUAGUGCUAAACAAACAGAAAACAAUCUUCAGAUUUACUGCUACGUCUGCCUUAUGGAUCCUCAGUCCUUUCCAUCCAAUCCGAAGAGCAGCAAUUAAAAUUUUAGUACAUUUAGCAUUCACUUUCUUUAUCAUUUGCACUAUUAUAACCAAUUGUGUAUUCAUGGCUCUGGCCGAAUCCUAUAGGAAUUCUUCUUCAUGGAAUAAGUAUAUCGAAUAUACUUUCACUGGCAUUUACACUUUUGAAUCUUUGAUAAAAAUAUUGGCAAGAGGAUUCUGUCUAAAUGAAUUCACUUUCCUUCGAGACCCCUGGAACUGGCUGGAUUUCAGUGUUAUUGUUAUGGCGUACUUGGGAGCUGUUAGUGAUCUGGGAAGCGUGUCAGCCCUUCGGACGUUCAGGGUUCUGAGAGCUUUAAAAACCAUUUCAGUAGUCCCAGGACUCAAGAUCAUUGUAGGGGCACUUAUCCAGUCUGUCAAGAAACUUUCUGAUGUGAUGAUCCUGACUGUUUUCUGCCUGUGUGUCUUUGCCCUCAUAGGCCUCCAGCUUUUUAAGGGCAAUCUAAGAUAUAAGUGUAUCAGGAACUCUACUGAGUCUCUUAAUGUAUUUAGAAACCCUAACAAAACAUGGGAAUCCUAUGAAAGUUUUCAAAACUAUACAGCACACUUUGCUAAGAAAGGGGGCACCUCAGAUAUUUUGCUAUGUGGUACUGCUGCUGGGACCUGUCCUUCAGACUAUGUGUGUAAGAAAAUUGGGCCAAAUCCUGACUAUGGUUUCACUAGUUUUGAUACAUUUGGCUGGGCUUUUCUCUCUUUAUUCCGCCUGAUGACCCAGGACUACUGGGAGCGUCUGUACCAGCAGACCCUCAGAGCUUCUGGGAAGGUGUAUAUGCUCUUCUUCAUGCUGGUCAUCUUUCUGGGCUCAUUUUAUCUAGUCAAUUUGAUUCUGGCUGUAGUGACCAUGGCAUAUGAAGACCAGAACAAAGCCACCAUUGCUGAAACUGAGGCAAAGGAAAGGAAAUUUCGGGAAGCCAUGGAAUUAAUACAGAAGGAGCAGGAGGCACUGGCUAUGAAAGGAGUGGAUGUCUCAUCAAUAUGCUCCUUUGACACCGUUUCUCUGUCUACCAAAGAAAUCAAAGAAAGAAGCAAUAGGAAAAAGAGAAAUAAGUCCUUGGGAAUAGAAGAUAAUGAAGACCAACAAUUUUCCAACUCACAGUCCACAGACAUUCAACGAAAGUUGCCAGCUGUAAAUGAUGAGAGGAGCAUGAUGCCUUUGCCUCCUCGUCUAUCAGUGGAGUACAUUAAUGAGGCACUUCAGAGACAAAGGGCAGCAAGUGCAGUCAGCAUAAUUACCAGUGUCUUGGAGGAACUUGAAGAAUCUCAGCGGAGAUGCCCACGGUUCCUGAGUGAUUUUGCUUUCAAGUAUCUAAUUUGGGACUGUUGUCCACUUUGGUUGAGAAUCAAGAAAAAAGUGACUGCUUUCAUAAAAGAUCCUUUUACUGAUCUCACCAUCACUCUUUGCAUUGUGAUGAACACUUUGUUCAUGGCACUGGAGCACGAUAAUAUGUCACCUGAUUUUAAAAUGAUGCUCAAAGUAGGCAACUUGGUUUUUACAGGUAUCUUCACUGCAGAAAUGAUCUUAAAAAUCAUUGCUCUAGAUCCCUAUUAUUAUUUUCAGCAGCCCUGGAACAUUUUUGACAGUGUAAUUGUCACGUUGAGUUUAAUUGAACUGAGUUUACCCAGAGACAAAAGCAGGAAGAAAAGCAAAAAAGGAGGAACCCUGUCAGUUUUACGAUCCUUCAGACUGCUGAGGGUCUUCAAAUUGGCAAAAUCCUGGCCAACCUUAAACACUCUAAUAAAAAUCAUUGGUAACUCCAUGGGAGCACUGAGUAACCUGACCCUUGUCCUGGCAAUCAUCGUUUUCAUCUUUGCUAUAGUAGGGGUGCAACUUUUUGGGAAAAGCUAUGGGGAGAAAAGAUUUAAAAUAGACAAAGAAGGCCAGCCACGCUGGCACAUGAUGGACUUUUUCCACUCAUUCCUUGUUGUCUUCCGGAUUCUGUGUGGAGAAUGGAUUGAGACCAUGUGGGACUGCAUGGUGGUUGCUGAGCCAUCUCUGUGCCUGCUCGUCUUUCUACUGGUCAUGGUUUUAGGAAACUUAGUGGUUCUUAACCUCUUCAUUGCACUGCUGCUGAAUUCCUUCAGUGCUGACUCUCUCCAGACAGCAGAGGAUGACAGAGAGUUGAACAACCUUCGAAUCGCCUUUGCUCGGAUUCACAAGGGAUUUCACUUUGUGAAGAGUGUUACAUGGGAUGCCUGGUGUGGAAAGCUCAGGCACAUCAAGAAAGCACACAAGAAGAAAAUCAAUUUGACUGCACAGAACCCACCUGGGUUCAAGCAAGAGGAAACAAAAAAUCAUAAAGAGAAGUACGAUGAUGAAUGGACUGAGAAAACUGGGGACAGAUCCUCAGGUCUUGAAGAUUAUGUUACCAACCCCAAUGCAUUUGUUUGUGUCCCUAUUGCUGAGGCAGAGAACAUAAGUGAGGGUUUUGAAGAUGAAGAUAAGCUGAGCACAUUUACAGACACAGAAUAUAGCAAACAGCUGGUCAGUGUCAGCCCCUCUGAAGGCAGCACAGUGGAUCUGACAAACCCUGAAGAGCUUUUGAGGAAGAUUCGAGAGUUUGCUGAAGACUCCAAGACUCCAGAAAAAUGUUUUCCAGAAGGUUGUGUCCGAUACCUCUGUUGUUACAUGAGUAAUGCCAGAAGGUUUGGCGAAGAAACAUGGUGGAAUCUGAGAAAAACCUGCUACCAGAUUGUUGAACACUCCUGGUUUGAAUCCUUUAUUAUAUUCAUGAUCCUUCUGAGCAGUGGAGCCCUGGCAUUUGAAGACAUCCAUUUAAAUAAUAAUAAAAAUAUUAGAGAUAUGUUAGCAUUUCUUGACAAACUGUUCACUUUCAUCUUUGUUCUGGAGAUGCUCUUGAAAUGGGUGGCUUAUGGCUUCAAGAAGUACUUUACCAAUGCCUGGUGCUGGCUGGACUUCCUAAUUGUAAACGUAAGUUCUAUCUCUUUAAUAAACCUCUUGGGCAGUUCAGACAGUCCCAUGAAAUCUCUUAGGACUCUGCGAGCUCUGAGACCCUUAAGAGCAUUGUCACGAUUUGAGGGGAUGAGGGUGGUUGUCUAUGCCCUCGUGGGAGCCAUCCCUUCCAUCAUGAACGUUCUGCUUGUCUGCCUCAUCUUCUGGCUCAUCUUUAGCAUCAUGGGAGUGAACCUAUUUGCUGGGAAGUUUUGGAGAUGUGUCAAUAUGACAGAAGAAGAUUCGGAAUUAAGUGAUUGGAUUAAUAACACAGAAGACUGUAGAAAAUAUAAUGACACAGGAAAAAUAUUCUGGGUCAACUUGAAAGUCAACUUUGAUAAUGUUGGCUCUGGCUACCUGGCUCUUCUGCAGGUGGCAACAUUUAAAGGUUGGAUGGACAUCAUGUAUGCAGCAGUAGAUUCACGAGAGAAACAUGAGCAGCCAAAAAUGGAGCAUAGUCUAUUUAUGUAUCUCUACUUUGUGAUCUUCAUAAUCUUCGGAUCUUUCUUUACCCUGAAUCUAUUUGUUGGUGUUAUUAUUGACAACUUCAACCAACAAAAGAAAAAGAUAAGUGGGGAAGAUAUCUUUAUGACAGAAGAACAGAAAAAAUACUACAAUGCAAUGAAAAAGCUGGGAUCCAAGAAACCUCAAAAACCUAUUCCAAGACCACUGAACAAAUACCAAGGAUUCCUUUUUGACAUUGUAACACGCCAAGCUUUUGAUGUUGUCAUCAUGGUUCUCAUCUGCCUUAACAUGAUCUCCAUGAUGGUGGAAACCCAUGGGCAAAGCGAAACAAAGACUAACAUCCUUAACAAAAUCAAUAUACUCUUCGUUGCUGUCUUUACUGCAGAAUGUGUACUGAAAUUGGCAGCUCUGAGGCAGUACUAUUUCUCAAAUGCCUGGAAUAUAUUUGAUUUAGUCGUUGUGAUCAUGUCACUUGUUGCCUCACUGCUUUCUGGCAUUGGUAAAGCAUUUGAGCAUUUCUUACCACCUACGCUCUUCAGGGUUAUCCGCUUGGCUCGGAUUGGCCGAAUACUGAGACUCAUCCGGGCUGCCAGAGGGAUUCGAACUCUGCUUUUUGCCUUAAUGAUGUCCCUCCCUGCUCUGUUCAACAUUGGCCUCUUGCUUUUUCUGGUCAUGUUCAUUUAUGCCAUUUUUGGCAUGGCUAACUUCGCCUAUGUUAAGAAGGAGCAUGGGAUUGAUGACAUGUUCAACUUCCAAACCUUUGCUAACAGCAUGCUCUGUCUCUUCCAAAUCACCACUUCAGCGGGCUGGGAUGGUCUUCUCAGUCCUAUUUUAAACACUGGGCCACCAUAUUGUGAUCCAAACGUAAAUGGUACUAUAGGUGAAUGUGGUAAACCUGCCAUAGGCAUAAUUUAUUUUGUAAGUUACAUCAUUAUAUCAUUUCUCAUUGUUGUAAACAUGUAUAUAGCUGUGAUUAUGGAGAACUUCAAUGCUGCUACAGAGGAAAGUACAGAGCCUUUAGGGGAAGAUGACUUUGACCUCUUUUAUGAAAUCUGGGAGAAGUUUGAUCCUGAGGCAACUCAGUUUAUAGCUUUCUCUGCACUUUCAGACUUUGCAGAUGCACUGGCUGAACCUUUACGUGUACCAAAACCAAACAAAGUUGAACUCAUAGCAAUGGACCUGCCUAUUGUCAGUGGAGAUAGGAUUCACUGCCUGGAUAUCCUGUUUGCUUUUACCAAAAGAGUGUUAGGAGAUUCUGCUGUGCUGGAUACUCUUAAAGUACAAAUGGAGGAGAAGUUCAUGGCUGAAAAUCCAUCCAAAACAUCCUAUGAGCCAAUCUCUUCUACUCUCAGACACAGACAAGAGGAAGCUUCUGCCACUGUCAUCCAGCGUGCCUACAGGAGUCAUCUGCUCCUGCGCUCCAUAAGGAAUAAGGCUUCUAACCUGCACCAUCACAGAACUUGCAGUGGUGACACCCUUACAGGUGUUAUUCCAGAAAAAGAAGAACUUACUACAUCUAUGAUGGGUGAAAAUUAUAGCAGGAGUCCUGACAAGUCUGAAACUUUGUCUUCAGCAUCCUUUCCUCCAUCGUAUGACAGUGUGACAAGAGCCAGUAGUACCAAUCUCAUGGUUGAGAAUGAAGAAAUUACAGGUAAUCAACAAUCUCCAGGCAUUAAAUAG